UGCAUCUUGGGUAAUUUGAGCUUUGGGGAUAAUAUCCACUUAUCAAUGAGUGUACACCAAGUGCAUAUUUCUGUGAUUGGGUUACCUCACUCAAGAAGAUAUUUUCUAGUUCAUUCUAUUUGCCUAUGAAUUUCAUGAAGUCAUUGUUUUUGAUAGUUGUGUAGUACUCGGUUGUAUAGGUGUACCACAUUUUCUGUAUUCGUUCCUCUGUUGAAAGGCAUCUGGGUUCUUUCCAGCAUCUGGCUAUUAUUAAUAAGGCUGCUAUGAACACAGUGCAGCAUGUGUGUUUGUUGUCUGAUGGAGAAUCUUUUGGGUAUAUGCCCAGGAUAAAUCUAGAUGGGUCCUCAGGUAGUGGAAUGUCCAAUUUUCUGAGGAACUUCCAGACUGAUUUCCAGAGUAGUUGUACCAGUUUGCAAUUCCACCAACAAUGGAAGAGUGUUCACCUUUCUCCACAUCCUCACCAGCAUCGUCUGUCACCUGACUUUCUGAGUUUUAGUCUUAGAUAUUCUGACUAGAGUGAGGUUGAAUUUCAGGAUUGUUUUGAAUUUCAUUUUGCUGAUGACUAAGUAUGUUGAACAAUUUUUAGGUGCUUUUGGCCAUUCAUCAGCUGAGAAUGUUUUGUUUAGCUAUAUUUUUUAAUACAGAUAUUUGGCUCACUGUAAUCUAACUUCUUUUUUUUUUUUUUUUUUUUUUCCGGAGCUGAGGAUCGAACCCAGGGCCUUGCACUUGCUAGGCAAGCGCUCUACCGCUGAGCUAAAUCCCCAACGCCUGUAAUCUAACUUCUUAAGUUCUUUGUAUAUUUUGGAUAUUACUCCUGUAUCAGACGUAGGAUUAGUAAAGAUCUUUUCCCAAUCUGUUGGUUGCCAUUUUGUCCUAAUGACAGUGUCUUUUGCCUUACAGAACUUUGCAGUUUUAUGAGGUCUCAUUUGUUGAUUCUUGAUCUUAGAGCAAAAGCCAUUGGUGUUUUGUUCAGGAAAAUUUCCCGAGUGCCCCUAUGUUUCCUACCCUUUCUUCUACUAGUUUGUGUGUAUCUGGUUUGAUAUGUAGGUCCUUGAUCCACUUGGACUUAAGCUUGUACAGGGGGAUAAGAAUGAAUCAAUUCACAUUCUUGUAUAUGCUGUCCUCCAGUUGAACCAGCACCAUAUGUUGAAAAUGCUAUCUUUCUUCCAUUUGAUGGUUUUAGCUCCUUUGUCAAAGAUCAAGUGACUAUAGGUGUGUGGAUUCAUUUCUGGGUCUUCAAUUCUGUUCCACUGAUUUAUCCGCCUGUCUUUGUACCAAUACCAUACAGUUUUUAUGACUGUUGCUGUGGAAUACUGCUUGAAAUCAGGGAUGGUGAUUCCCCUAGAAGUUCUUUUAUUGUUGAGUAUAGUUUUCACUAUCCUGCGUUUUUUUGUUAUUCCAAAUGAGUUUUUAAAUUGUUCUUUCUAUAAAGAAUUGAGUAUGAAUUGUAUUGAAUCUGUAGAUUGCUUUUGACAAAAUGGCCAUCUAUACUAUAUUAAUCCUGCCCAUCAUGAGCAUGGGAGAUCUUUCCAUCUUCUGAGAUCUUCCUCAAUUUCUUUCUUCAGAGACUUGAAGUUCUUGUCAUACAGAUCUUUCACUUGCUUGGUCAAAGUCACACCAAGAUAUUUUGAACUUAUAUUUAAUGUCUUUUUUUGUAUAAUAUAAGUUGGUAAUAUUUGUCUGAAAUUAUACAUAUGUGUUAUAUAUUCUUCUUGCCAGAAUUCUUCAGCAGAGAUUAUUGGAUUUUAAAGAAAUGAAUAUAAAUAUCCAUUUUGUAGUACCAUGAGGUUGCAGUUAAACACGUUUCAUAAUAGAGGACUUUAAAAUAUAUUAUACAAUCCAAACAGCACAAACAAAUUCAAAUGUACUGAUGGUGGCAAAUCAUUCUUUUCCUGCUAAUGUCUCAGAAAACCACAGAAAAUUCAUAAAUUUGAGAGCCUUCAUAAAUGAGAGCAUUAUUGGUUUCUUAACUUUCAAGGAUGUGGUUCCAGAGUUCACACUAGAGGAAUGGGAAAGUCUCAAUUAUGCUCAACGGGCACUGUACAUGGAUGUGGUUUUGGAGACGUACAACAAUCUAUUGUCUGUGGAAAAUCAUCUGAUAGGUGGAAAACAUGGGAAGGUCUUGGAACAAGACACAGAGUGCAUUGUCCAUGAGCAUGUGAAUAUCCAAGAGAAGUUUUGUAAAUGGGAAGAAAUUAGCAUAGUGACUCUUGAAUCCACCCAAAGUACACCUUAUAAAACUCAUCUCCGAGAUCUCUCUGUUCAGUCCUCAAACCUAAAAAGACAUAAAGCUGGGAAAAUGAGAGAAGUUUACAAAUAUAAAGACUGUGUACAGUUUUCAAAAGAAUAUGCUAUCAUUGGUGUAAAUUCUGGAAUCCACAUAGAGAACAAAGAACACAAAAAUACAGAAUUUGAUAAGGAUUUUGUCUAUAAAUGUAAACUGAUGCCGAAACAAAGCAAUAAUGGUAAGAACCUUCACCAGUGUAGUGAGUGCAAGAAAUGUUUCACCACAAAAGGGAAUCUUCAUUUGCAUCAGAGAAUUCAUACAGGAGAGAAACCUUACAAAUGCAGUGAAUGUGACAAAUGCUUUACUGAAAAAGGCACUCUGAAAACCCAUAUGAGAAUUCAUUCAGGAGAGAAACCUUACAAAUGCGGUGAAUGUGACAAAUGCUUUACUGAAAAAGGCACUCUGAAAACCCAUAUGAGAAUUCAUUCAGGAGAGAAACCUUACAAAUGCGGUGAAUGUGACAAAUGCUUUGGCCAAAAAUUCUAUCUUAGUAUUCAUCAGAGGAUUCAUACAGGAGAUAAACCUUACAAAUGCAGUGAAUGUGACAAAUGCUUUGGCCGACAAUCCCAUCUUAGUCGUCAUCAGAGAGUUCAUACAGGAGAGAAACCUUACAAAUGCAGUGAAUGUGGCAAAUGCUUUACUGAAAAAGGCAAUCUGAAAAACCAUAUGAGAAUACAUACAGGAGAGAAACCUUACAAAUGCGAUGAAUGUGACAAAUGCUUUGGCCACAUUUCCUAUCUUAGGCAUCAUCAGUGGAUUCAUACAGGAGAUAAACCUUACAAAUGCAGUGAAUGUGACAAGUGCUUUGGGCGACAAUCCUAUCUUAGGCGUCAUCAGAGGAUUCAUACAGGAGAGAAACCUUACAAAUGCAGUGAAUGUGACAAGUGCUUUACUGAAAAAGAUAAUCUGAAAAACCAUAUGAGAAUUCAUACAGGAGAGAAACCUUACAAAUGCAAUGAAUGUGACAAAUGCUUUCGCUACAGUGUUGAUUUGAGAAUUCAUCAGAGAAUUCAUCCAGGAGAGAAACCGUUCAAGUGUGGUUAAUAUGACAAAUGCUUUACCCAAAAAUGCAAUGUUCAUGUACGUCAGAGACUUCGUACAGGAGGGAAACCUCACAAAUGCAGUGAAUGUGACAUAUGCUUUGGCCAACAGUCUCAUCUUAGUGUUCAUGAGAGAAUUCAUUUAGGAGAAAAAUCUUUCAAAUGCCCUGAAUGUAACAAAUGCUUUACCCACUAAUUCUGAAUUCAUCAAAGAAUUCAUACCUGAGAGAAAUCAUGUAAGUGUACUGAAUGUAACUAAUCUUUUACUCACAAAAUUACUCUGACAUUUUUUCAGAGAAUUCAUCAGGAGAAUAAACUUACAAAUGUGUAACAAAUAUUUCACUCAGAAAUGGCAGUCUUCAUGUCCAUCGGAGACUUCAUAUAGGAGAGGAACCUUACAAAUGCAAUGAAUGUGACAAAUGCUUUACCCAAAUGUUUUACCCAAAUGUUAGCUUAAGAAGGCAUCAGAGAUUUCAUACUUGAAAUAAUACUUGCAAGUGUCAUGUAUACCAAAAAUGCAUUACAUACAAUGUCAGUCUGAUAGAUUACAUACAGUAGAGAAACAUUAUAAAUUUAGUCAAUGAGACAACUCUUUACCAGCAAAUAUCGUCUUAAAAUUCAUUAGAUAAUACUUAAAGGAGAGAAAACUUUCAAAUGUAUUAGCGGUUUGAACCUUUUCUUUUGGCCUUUCUCUUAGAAUUAACAGAAUAUGUACAUGUGACAAUCUGAAGAAAUAGAAUGUAUUUGGAAAUAUCUUUGACUUCAUUUCAGGUCAGAGAAAACAUUUUAAUUUUUUUGUCAGGAAAGUUUAUCUUGCAAAAAUUGAGGUUCUACACUAGAGAAUUUGUAUGAUUAUGAAAACUUCAGAAACCUUUAUGCAGUGUUCAAAUCUUAGCAAAUGUCAACUAUUUAUGCUGAGAAAAACUCUAAAAAUAUGACAAUGUAGAAAAGUUUACAUUAAACAUUUUUCUUGUUCACACUCAAAUAUUCCAAGAUGAAGACUGUUGAGGAAGCCAGAAUAGUAAUAGUGUUGUGUAACACUUUCAUGGCCACAGAAAUUAUCUAUUUCAAAGGGAUUUCACCCCUCAAAAUAUCUAAUAAAACUGGCAGCAUUCUGUAUAUUCAAGUGAUCAAAUUCAGAUAAAUUAUACUUAAAAAGGUUUAUUUGACAAACAUAUACAAAAACUACUUCUUCUUUAUCCUAUAAAUAUGUCUACAGAUGUGAAGUCUCCUUUGACAAUCCAGUAUUUAUAAUUCUUAUUAAAUGAUGAUUUCAUAUUUGAGGAUAACAACUGAUUAUGAGUCCUUGGGCUGUGUGGCCAACAACUUCUCCAUUGUCCUGUAAAUAAAUGUGAGUGAUUCAUGAAA